UGUUAUUACGCUACGUCGAAAGUGGAUUUGUGUGGCCAACUUGGUGGAGUAAAACUGCAAUGUGGUUGAAGGGCAGAGCAACACAGUAACUCCGUUACAGUAGGUAGAGCUGAGAUUUUGAAUCCCAGCGGGAAUUCGCUCAUCACGCCCUCGUCGCCUCUUUGAACGUACUCACUUGCUCCCACGCUCAUGCCCGUCUCGCUGCCAACGAUUCCCUGCUCAGCAGUUUGUGUCGGUGUUCGGUAAUUCACGCGCAAUCUGCUGGCCCGCACCCACUUCAUCGGGACCUGUCGUCGAGGAAGACCGGUUGCCGUCUAGAGAGCUCUUCCUGUCGAUGGUGGUGUCUUCCAAAGACGAUUCUUGUUUUGCGAAAUCGAAGCUCGGGAAGAUCAUCACCUGCGCUAGCAGUGCGGCUUACUCUUUUCGAGAUUACACGCAGGAGCCAGAUUCGGUUUCAAAAGCUCGCCAUACUUCUCUCGCUCUCUGAAUGCAUCAUCCUAAGUAGCGGAGGUUUGCUGAAAAUCGAUCGGAGAAUUUCAGCAUGAGGUUGGUGCGGAGAAAGUCUCGGAAGCCGGAAGCUAGUAAGUUGGACCUCGAACGAGUUAUUGGCCUCACUACAAGUAACGCGAAUGGACUAGCCAGUAAUCCGGCUACGGGGGAUAUUGCUUACAUAGCUGGUUGUGUCGUGGUGGUGUACAAUGUGAAAAGUAACAGUCAAACCAAAUUUUUAACCUCUACCAAAAGCCAGAAGGCGUUUUCUUGCGUUGCUUAUUCUUACUCCGGAGGAAAAUUCAUUGCGGCUGGAGAGACGGGCCACCAACCAGCUGUGGUAGUCUGGGAGGCUUCGACAGGCGCAUCUGUUGCUGACCUGCGGACCCAUAAAUACGGAGUUUCCUGUGUCGAAUUUUCCCCAAAUGGAAAAUACCUUCUGUCGGUUGGCGUUCCUCACGAUGGCUUCUUGUGCCUGUGGGACUGGAAGGGUGGAGUGUUGCUUAUCAAGACAAGGUCUACUGCCGCAACUUUGCUCACAAGCUCAGUCCAUUUCUCAUCAGAUGGUAGCUAUUUUGUGACCGGAGGCACAAAGCAUCUCAAGCACUGGACUAUAGGAGGCCAAGGGCAGGGUGGACGUGCUCGUUCCGCUGGAGGAUUAGGAACAAUAGCACUGGAAGGCAGACCAGUCAAGCUUGGAAGUCAAAUGAGGAGCUCAUUUGCUGCUAUAUCUUGUGCCCGUCCUCUUAAAGAUACAAUUGGCACUUCUGACACGCAACCCCUUUAUGCGCUUACCACUGCGGGUGUACUCUGCCUGCUUCAUUGUGGCGUGGCCGUAGAGAAAUGGGUUGAUUUAAGGGUUCGCCGAGGAUAUGGCUUGGCUGUCUCAGAGACCCACAUAGCAUGUUCCUGUAGCGAUGGAAUUGUACGAGUAUUUCUGCAGCUAAGCCUUGCAUACGCUGCCACAAUGCCUCGACCUGCGCCAUACGGUUUUCAUGGACUAACAGAUGGUAAUGCUGGCAUGGUUCUUGCCAUGGGCCAGCGGCUGCAACCAGGAAUUAAUUUUCCAGAUGCUGUUGCUUGUCAGUUUCUUCAUGAAGGCCAGAAACUAGCUGUAAUAUAUGGAGACCACAGCCUUUUCAUUUGGGAUGUUGGAAACUUCAACAAGAUUGGAAAACAUCGAGCUUUCUUGAGCCAUAGCGGGUGCAUCUGGGAUUUGAAGAACCUGCCAACAUGGCAAUCGGAAUCAGCUGAUUUAGAGACUACUGAGAGAGAUGGUGCUGCGGGAGCAAUUGCAACCUGUUCUGCUGAUGGUAGCAUUAGGAUCUGGAAUAUGAGCCUCGGGGAAGAGGCAGAACAUCUUGCCUCCCCUGGUCCCGAAGCGAGACCAGGAAAUAUAUACAGCAAGGAGCUAUUAGGCGUCUUGUACCUGGACCCUACGGUGGAACUUAAGGAUAAGUGUACUGGCGGUGGAUCAGAGGAUGAUUUUGUGGACACGACGCAGGGUUUUCGGUCCAUUUGCGUAAGCCCAGACGGAUUGCAUUUAGCCGCAGGAGAUCGCAGUGGGAAUCUUCGUGUUUACGACUUGGAAACAAUGAAGCUCAUAAGCUUUCAGGAAGCGCAUGAUGCAGAAAUUCUCUCACUGAGCUUUACAGCUGUGAUGGAGGACAAGAUCCCUGCAAAGAACGAGGAUUUUGAACCCCCGCUAUUGCUCGCUUCAGGUGGUAGAGAUCGACUCAUCCACGUAUAUGACGUUAGGAGGGACUAUGAUGUUAUUGAAACACUUGAUGAUCAUUCAGCAUCGAUUACUGCUGUGAAGUUUCGCUGCAAUGGAUCCAAACUGCUGAGCUGCAGCGCAGACAAGUCUGUUGUAUUCCGGAACGUUGUAUCGUCACCUACUGGUUGUAAGAGCGUGCGCUAUCAUCAGGAAGUGGCGCCACGUGGGACAAUAUAUGACUUGGAUGUAGAUACAUCGGAAAAGUUUGUGGUCACAGUCGGCCAGGACAAGAAGAUAAAUGUCUUAAAUCUAGCAUCUGGCAAGCCUGUACGAUGUUUCAAACCUGAAGGUGAUGCUGGCGAAGCUAUUAAGGUACAGUUUGAUCCAAGUGGAGCUUACGUAGUAUGUUCGCAUACUGAUAAGUGCCUUAGAAUAUACGAAUUCUCAACUGGGGAGCUCAUAGCACAGGCAGCUGGACAUGCCGAAGUCAUUACCGGUGUGACGUUUAUGCCAGAUUGUCAGCGCUUGGUUUCGGUCAGUGGAGAUUCGUGCAUUUUCGUCUGGAAAUUACCUGUCGGCAUGACCCGAGCCAUGAAAAAGAGAUGUGCUACACAGGCUGAGUGCCAGUCUCCUCGAAGGUCUAGGGCGUUGUCGCGAAGCUCCAAAAAUCCCCUAUGUGGUUUGAGACUCUCCAGAUCCAUCUUGCCUAUAACGGAUUUGACAGAUGAGAUCCCGAAAAGCACAAAGAAAGAACAUGGCUUGAAUGCAGAGUUUGAACUUGAAGGUGUUGCCCUUACCUUUGAGACUAAAGUCCACGACGACGGGAUGGAAGAUGUCAUCACGAAAGACUCGAGUGUCGUACAGAAGGAGGAUGAUGAAACACCUACGUUCAAAUUCAGUGUGUCAAGGUUGCCUACUUGGGCUCAAGCAAAAGUUGCUCAAGAAGGAAGGUCUGGGAGUGGUGGGAAACAUGGUCAAGAAAAGGAAAAAAGCCCAUUUCAAUCAUCAUUUGAAUCGCGGUGGGCAGAGAGACUUGGAACUGGUGGAUAUAAACUAUUCUCCGAAUUUAUGGAGGAGUUGACGCCCCCAGCUACCAUUCGUCCAAGUGAAUUCGGGACUAGAAGACGUUUCACUUUGGAGGGAGGUGCAACAACGACGGUCGUUAGCCAUAAUACACCUAAUAGUGUUAUUUCUCAGCAGUCUGAUUCAAGUUCGAAGUCAAGCCCAACGGAUCCUCCGAGGAAGGAAACCGUUUGGAAAACCGUUCAUACUGUUUUCUUUGAUGAGCUUGAUUUCCCGCAAGACGAGUCUCCUAGCAAUCAUGGGGUACUCCUCACUAUGACCGCAGCUCAUGAUGAAGAACGAGAUUCUGAAAAUCCGCUAGCCCGGAAACGUAGCGAAGCGCCUUGUAUAUUAUCAGAGAGUUCCCAGGCUUCUGUGACGUCCAAAGCAGACAGGGAGAAGCAGCCUAAAGUUAGAGAUGAUGAUGAAGACGGGGUUGUCGUGUAUCUUUCGGACAAUGAAUUGGAAACUGUUAUCAUAGAGACACAGAGACCUCAACUUGAUCACUUUAUCGAAGGAAAGGAAGAUGAGAAAAAGGUUCAUUUUGGAAAUCCACCAGUCGUUACACCAGUGCAAACAUCUGUCUGCAACGCAGACACUGAAGGAUUAGAAGUUUUCGCUGUCUUGAGGAACCAGGAUACAGGAUCUUCCGAUGUUUCCCAAAGUUCUUCGGUAUGCUCUCACGAGUCGACAAAGCACAUUGACAUAGAGGGUGAGGGACGAGUGUCUUCACCAAAAAAGUCAGCAGCAAGCGGGGCAGAUGAUGAAAUGGCCAGUGAUAUUGUGCCCUCGAGUCCUUGUGCUGAUCCCUUCGUUUCACUUGGUGAACUUUCAGUCAACAUGCUGUUGAAGAGUGCACCGCCAUCCACAGCAAGGAGAAGCUUUUCGUCGAAGUUUUUUGCCAAUUCGAGUUCAGGCUUGCCAGGAAUCUCACUCAAUCCAAAUAUAUCAAGUGGUUUACGGAAAACAAGCGACGGAGAUACGGGUCUUUUGCAGGAUGAUGAUUUAGACAGCAAUCCUGGACGACUUCUGGCGGCUGAACGUGAGCGGCUGAAGCUGCGUGAGAGGCAGGACAAGAUGGCGGUAGAAGUGCAGCGAAUGCGUGAGCGUCUCGUGAAUCUGGGCAUUGCAGUUGCAGAAAUUGCUAACGAUGGGGAGCCUUUUGAAUGCCGCAAGGGUGCUGGAGAUGAAAGACAAUCUGAACAGACGUCACCCACCUCAGAGACCCCUGACUGUAUGCCCUCAGCAAGCCCUUCAUUAGUUCAAGAAUCCAAUAACGAACGAGUGUUGUCCACUCAAUCUUCGACAACAAUACCUUUGAGUUCUUCUUCAUCACAUAAUGUUAAUUCCACUCCUAGCGUGUUCAGUUUUGCUCAGUUUUGCAAGAUCCCCAAUUUUCCCCGAAAGUUACACUCUGGUAAGGAUGGGCAUGAGGAAAGAACGUUGAAAGCCGAGAAGAAAGCCCCCGAGAGUAUACUCAGAGAGGGGGAAACUGUAGCCAGUCCUAUAGGAGAAAGAGAAUCAAGGCCCGCUGAUACCUGCAAAAAUGGCAAGGAACUGGGACCAAAUAAAUCCCCUAAAAUUUCUACAUCUUCUAACAGUGGACUUCGUACUGAUACGCAACCUGUGCUCCCCAACAAUCUCAGUGGUUUUCAUCCCUCAGCAGGUCUGCAAAACUCGCCUUUGCAGUCCACAUCAAUGUCUUUCCUUUCUGUAGACGAUGAUUUGAGCUCUGGGGAAAGCUACGCAGCAACAUAUCAUGGUUGUUCUCUGAAGGAGGAGAUUGUAGAAAUGACUGUGACCUGCACAGGAGCUGGUUGGGACUUCUCUCCCAUGGAGUUAACAGACCAUGAUGAGGGAGCCGAUGCCGCGCACAGUGGUUCAGAAAUUUCCGAGCAGGAAGUGGAGCAAAAUGGACCUUCUUGUCCGCCAUCAGAGGCCACGAUCGACUCACCGUUAUCGGAACCAGCCAUGCCCAUUUUCCUCCCUCGAUGUAAACAAGUGUCGAACCCUCUCCAAGAUUACACAAAUGCACUGCAAGAGUUGGUCGAGGCUGCCGAUAGAGCGUCGAUGUUAUUUGAACAAGUAAGGAACGCUCGAUCAGGACAAUCAACGUCUGCCAUAUCCAAUCACGAAGAUGACAGCACUUCCCAAAUGCUCUUGCCGAAGGCUUUCGAGAAGGUUCAAAAACUUGUUCAAGAAGCAGGUCCGAUAGACUUUCUGAAUCGUUCAGCAUCUGUUGAGCUGCGAGGUCGGUCCGACAUGCCAAUGUCUGCCGUAACCUCUUCGGAUCAGUGCUUCCUAUUUCAGAGAUCUUCUGGAAAUGGCGGCAUCUCCUUCUCUAGGCCACAAACCGGUGUAUCCGUAGCCUCGGAGUCGUUGUCAUCGGUGGAUAUCGAUAGCUUCAUCGACAGAUAUUCAACCCAAUUUUCUCAAACAUUAGCUUCACAAGUUCUUGCUCUGGUUCGGAGUGGUCUAGAUGAGACGAAGACAUCCUAAACGAGCAUCCCAACUGUGAGGAGGCUGAGAAAUUUCUUCUGAAAGUGAAAUUUGCUCUUCUGACUUCACUAUCACGUGCGUCUUAGUUAGAACCCUGCAUGCGCAGAAUUUCUGGAUCUGUUAUUGGUGAUUCCUCUAUUAGGUUCGAUCAGCACCUACCUGCGCGCAGAGUUUUUAAACCUGUAUAUUAUUUCUUGUUGUCUACCACUUGAAAGUUAGCCCUAAAGGAAGCAGUAGACGUCAACAUACGCCAUGAAUCAUAGUGUACUCAUAAUUUCCCGAUCAUGUACUUUACUUUUCAGGAGCAUUAACUGACUUUGUUGGAUACCAUUUCAUUCUUGUCCCCGACUAUGUGCGCAGCACUACCAGUUAAUUCCAGUCACUUCGCGCGAAGCGCUCCUUACGCUGACUAGUCUUGUGCUAACGUGCAACACCAGUACAUGCCCAUAGACAUGUAAUGGUCAAGCUAAAUUGGUAGCCCAUGGCCAACGACAGUAAUUGGAAAUCUUGGAAUUCCAAAUAAAAAAUUUUCCAAGACAAAGACGUGAAGUACUGUCUCUGCUUUCCAAACACCUCUUGCUGCUAAACCGUCAGCUUAGUGUGAUCUCAUGAGGUUAUUCAAAUAGCAGUCACGUUUUGACCAUAUAGUUGUAAGUUGACCGGAUGUUUUGUCCUGAUCAUUUAAUAUCGAUUCAUAUACCGAAU